AUGAAUUCCUCACGCGCAUUAAGGGCGCUGGCUCCCAGGCUGCCAGCGACAAGACUCUACCGCGGCCCUCUACCAAAUCUCACAUAUCAAGUCGCGGAGUACAGCAUGAGCCCUUACACUUACGCAUCGCGCCUCUUUGGUGUUUUCACCAGACAACAACACCGAAACCAAUCCACUAGCACCACCACAACUCCUCAAUCCACCAAACCCGAAACCACCACCACCAACAAUAGCAAUGCCAACGCCAAAAUAUCCUGCCAAUGCGGCACGGUCACUUUCCCCGCAUCACUCCCCAAACCUCUCGCAGUCUAUAUCUGCCACUGCACCGAAUGCCAGAAACAAUCCGCCUCUGCGUUCGGCAUAACCGCCAUGUUUCCCGCAGAAGGCAUGUGGCCUUUACCCGAGAACGUACAACCUUUCGUAGAGAAAUGGACGCGCCCCACUGAUGCGGGCAAUACACUUGAAUGCUACUUUUGCAAGUGUUGUGGUGUGCGGGUAUUGCAUAGACCUAUUUUGCCGGAUGGCACGCCGAAGCCCAUCCUUUCGGUGAAGGGGGGUUGUGUGGAAGGGAUGACGCUGGAAGGGGCGAAGCAUGUAUAUGUCAGGUCGGCUUUGGUGCCGGUGCCGCCUGGCGACAUAUUGGAGGUGCCGGAUGUGAAGCCUGUGAAGGGUUGA